UGAAGCGUGUAAGCGUUCCAACAUUUCAUUUAAUUGACUCGACGAGGUAGUUUAGGCAGGUAGCUUCUUUGACGGAUCAUUGCGGUUUGUAGAACGAUGUAAACAGCCGGCAGCGAGAGAACUUUACAGAUGUCUGGAAAGAAUCCAGUUCGAGAGCACUCUUCCACUUCUUUUGUUCGUUGUUUCUCUCUCUCUCUCUCUUUUUCAUUCUCUCUCUCUUUCUCUUUCUCUCACUCUUUCUCUCUCUCUCUGUCUUUCUCUCUUUCUCUCUUUUCCUCUUUCUCUCUCUCUCUUAAUCUUUCUCUCUCGCUCUCCCUUCGUUCUUCGUAAACCUCUUCGUUCGAUCAGAAAGUCAGAUCGCUAGGAAGGAAGAUCAGAGUUUAGAAUGUCAACUGCGAAGAGAAUUGUGCUGUUUUUUCUGUUACUUUGGAAAUCUGAAAAUUCUUAUCAACGAAUCGACGAUAUAAAGGAUGUGAUCGGUCUUCGAGGAGCAGCGAAGGUCAACGAUACGACGAUCUCAUCGCGGGAAAAGAGAACCUUGAUCUUUCCCGGUCCACAGAUAUCCCCGACCCUUUUGUUGAUCUUUGGCCUAGGAACACCAUUGCAAUUGGACCGUGAAAGUGUAAUCGUUGGAGUUUUUAUCAAAAUAAUAUAUGCACUGCCAAUGAAUAGUACGGACUUUACUGAGCCUGGAGUUUACUAUACCAGAAAUACAAAAAGUAGAUGGAGUAUUUAUAAAAUUCUUGAAAAGGCCGCAACCAUUUAUGGAUUCGGUGGGAAAGCCUGUCUGUUAAGAGCCAUUUGCGAAAUAGCUCACGUACCCUUUGAUGCACAUCACGGAUUAUUUGGUCAAUUAAUGCAACUAUUUUUUAAGCCGUCGAGUACCGAGGAGGAGUACGAUGAGUACGGGGAUCGAGAAUACAGGGCAGCCGAGCGGCUGGGCAAGCAGGUAGCGGGCGAAAACUGCCACGCCCUUUAUCCGGAAUGCCGCAGGAGUGUGCUCGACGUAUUUUCAACAGUACUGCCCGCGUGAAUCUUUCACCCUUCUUUUCUUGGAUUGUCUUCUAGUAUAUAGAUAUAUAUCAAGU